CCGUACCCCGCAGCUCCGGGGAAGGGGAGGGAGCGGCGCUUAAAGCGGGCGGGAGCCGCGGUGCUGCCGCGCCGUCGCAAGGCGCUUGUGCCGCUUUAAGGCGGUGCCGCCGCUCCGAGCUUGGUCAGGCACCGGGAAGAGGAACUGGGCUUUGUACUGCCGGGUCGGGCCGAGCACCGGGCGGCACCAGUUUCCCCCUAGCCCCGCUGCUGCCGCAGCUGCUCCUGCCUGCUUCGCGCUCGCUGCAAGGGAGGGAUGGAGGGGGAGGAAGCGGUGGGGCGAGGUCGGGUCUCUGCAUCCCCACCGCGCCCCUCCUGCAGCCCCUCUGCUCCCCUUUGCGUCCCCCUUGCAUCCCUCCCGCACCUUCCUUCUGCUUGCAGGCUGCGUGCUUGAAAUAAAGGACCCCCUCCCCAUCCCUGCCCGGAGAUCCCCUCCAUCCCCUGCCCCUCGUUCCCUGCCACCAUGAUUUUGCUGAGCAGCUUCUUGCACCUUCGCCCUCGGCGCUGCGGCCCCUUCGCAGGGCUGGGCAGGGGGCUCAGCCCCACGGCCGGGUCCAGCCGGGCUCUGCGGGUGCUGGUGGACAUGGACGGGGUGCUGGCUGACUUCGAGGGAGGCUUCCUCAAGAAGUUCAGGGCCAGGUACCCCGACAAGCCCUACAUUGCCCUCGAGGACCGGAGGGGCUUCUGGGUGUCAGAGCAAUACGGGCGCCUGGGACGUGAGCUGAGUGAGAAAGCCAUCAGCAUCUGGGAAUCCAAAAACUUCUUCAUUGAGCUGGACCCACUCCCUGGGGCUGUGGAAGCUGUCAAGCAAAUGGCAAGUUUGGCAGACACUGAUGUGUUCAUCUGCACAAGCCCAAUCAAGAAGUAUCGCUACUGCCCUUAUGAGAAGUAUGCCUGGGUGGAGAAGCACUUUGGCCCCGAGUUCCUUGAGCAGAUCGUUCUGACACGAGACAAGACUGUGGUUUCUGCUGACCUGCUUAUAGAUGACAGACCUGAUAUAACAGGGGCUGAGCUGAACCCCAGCUGGGAGCACGUGCUCUUCACAGCCUGCCACAACAAGCACCUGCAGCUGAAGCCCCCAAGGCGCAGGCUGCAGUCCUGGACCGACGACUGGAAGGCCAUUCUGGACAGCAAACGCCUGCCCCCCCGCCCAGCCACCUAAACACCAGCCUCCCACAGCCACCCCGGGCUGUGCCACCCCCUUGUGUCCCCAUGGAGUCCUGCUGAAAGCUGGGCAGACAGACAGACACGCUGUCCCUGCUGUAGGGAGGAAGAGGAGGGUGAGCUGAAGCACCAUGGCCACCCUGACCUGGAGAGCAGACCCCAGCCUGGCCAUUCCACAAGAGCCCAGCAACAAGAUUGGACCCAUGGAUGUGGCAGCCCAGCUGGGGGGCUUUCUGCUUCUGGCUCCUGGGGUCUCUGUGCUGCAUCUGCACCCACUGUGAGGCCAGCCCAGUGUUUCUGAUGGAUGAGGUCACCCUCAUGGUGUCACUGCCCUUGCCUGGGGCACAGGGGGCACAGACCAGCUCUCCUCCUCUGCAUGACAGUGGGCAUCACACAGGUGGUUCGUUUUGUCCUUGAAGGAAUUCCCAUCGAGGGGCUGUCUCGGGCCGUGGUUCCUCCUGGUCAGUGCCUGGGUCUAGGGAGAGGGCAGGAGGAGUGAGCAGAGGGAUCCCCACCUGCCCCCAUCCCUGAGGAGUUGCCACAGUUUUAGAGCUGGGGCUUUAGAGCUGAUUUGGGCUGAAGAGAGGAGGCUCUUCUCCCACCUGCUCAUCAGCUCAUUGCGCAGGGGCAGCCUGCCCAGGGCACCUCUGGGGCAGCGAGCAGGUGGCAGCAGAGCCAGCAAGAACCCUUCCUGGGAAGUGGGCAUUUCCUGCAGGAGCUCAUGGCUCACCCUGCCAGGGAUCUGAAAGCAACUCCUAGGAUUUCAAGGUCAGGAAGGACUGCACAUGCAGGCUGCAUGCCCAGAUCACCUCAUCUUCCUCCUCCUGGUAGUGUCUGACCUCAGCCUGCCAGGAAAGCUCUGGGUAAGCAUCCUCUGGGCACCCUGCUUCCAUGCAGAAGGUCCUGAGUGCUGCAUCCCAUCAGGGACAGGGACAGUUGAUGCCACAGUGCAGGUGAAGCCACCUGGAAGGAUGCUGCUGGGUGGAGAAGUGAGGCUGGUGGAGGAGCUCUGGCAGUGCUAGGAAGUGAGCAAAGCAGAGGCACCAUGGAGGUCCAGAGGGCAGCUUGAAGGUUGCGUUGGUCAAGGACUGUCAUGGUUGCAUCUGUGGAUGCUCUUUUCAGUCCUCAAGUACCACAUGUUGGGGGGCUGUUGCUGUUUACAGUUGGGGAGCCCAUCAGAGGUGCCCACAAGGUUGUAUCACAGGGUUGGUUCAUUUGCAGCUCCACCGCUGGGUAUCUGGGGACAGAGCGUGCUGCCAGUCCCACUCGCCUCACCCUGCAGUGAGGUGUUCAGCUGCCUGGCCAGUGUGAAGGGCCUGCAGCAUAUGGGCCUGUACCAGCCACCCACUGCCAGGUGACUGUGCCAGGGCUGCUGGGCACAAAAAGUGGAGCGUUUGCACCAAGGAGCAGCUCCAGGAGGGAUGCUUUUGCAGAGCUGUGCCCACAGCCUCUUCCUUCGCUGCCUGACUCAUUUCUGUCUCCCCAAGCCUGCACCAGGCUGGCCUUGACCUGCAGUGACCCAGCUGGCACCAGAAAGCAGCCAUCAGCCUCCACCUGAACUCAGAGAAGAGACAUCCCAGCUGCUGGGGACAUGGCCUGGCCAGUCCAAACAGGACCCCAUGCUGGACUGCCCCAGCAAAGCUCUGGGGAUGUGUUGGGUGCUUCAGGACUGAUGUGGUGCCCAUCACUGCUGGCACCAUUCUGCCCCUGCUCCUGCCUGCCCCCAUGCCACCUGGGAUCCCACAGCCUGCUCCUGCUCUCCUGGCCUGAGGACUUGCUGGCUCCAAGGACUAAAAUUCCUGUUGGGACAUCUCGCCCCGUGGGCAGGGGUGGUAGCCAGGGCUUGGCAAGGGACAGGCAUUGCUGUGUUGUCUGCUCAUACCUUUGACUUGCCUCUCCUCUCUUCUAUGGGCCCCCCCCAUCAGCAAAAAAAAAGUGAGUUUCAAGCUGCAUAGACAAGAAAUGACCUAUUUCAGCUGCAGCAGCUGCCCCCACCCCCUGGAGGGGCUCCUGAAGUCGGUGCUUCAAACUUGUGCCUUCUCUAGCUGCUGUGGGGCCAGGGCCAGGGUCUGCAUCAUCUUGGGUGUCUCUGAAGGCUGCUGUCUCUUGGGAUGGUUGGUGUCAAGCUGCUGUGGUUGGCCCAGGCUGGUAGGAGUUACCACAAGGAUCUUUUAUUAGUUUGAAGAUUUUUUUUUUUACUUUUUCUUCUUUUUUUUUUCCUCUUCUUCCUUUUCUCUGUUUAAACCACUGUGUACUUCUCCAGGUGGGGGCUUUGGUGUGGGAGCAGCCACCUGAGAUGCAGCCAAGAAUCACCUUGGUUGGGGCUUUGUAGAUGGGGAGCUGGGACAGCAGGUAGAGCACCAUGGGCAGCCACUAAGGCCACCAAGCAUCACAGAUGGAGUCCCAGCAGCUACUAGCUCCUUCCUGCAGCUGGGGUGGCCUCAUGAGGUCCCAGCUGCUUGGUUUUUUUCCCCACCAUUUAAAUGUGAGUUCAUCAAGUUCUCCACAGUCUUCUCACAGCCUGUCCUCAAGCUGAAGCUGGGUCUGGCAUGUCAUUCCAGCAGCUGCCCAAAGCAGCCACCUUCCUCCAAGGGUGGGAUGAUGGACGUGGAGACUGGGCUGGACGUGAGGCAUGUGGCUCUCUGGCCCCAGUGUGUCUUUCCCCCUCGGUGGGAGGUGGUCCUGGAGAGCCUGUGUGGCUUCACACUGAAUAUACUUGAAAGCAGAGCUGGAGCUUCUCAUGCCUGAGGAUCUGACUCAGCACAGAAGUGCAGAGCAGGUAGCUGGCCUGUGUGCAGCUGCUGAGCAGGGGGCUGGGAGGUGGCUCUCUGUUGCCCAAGGAUCAGCCCUUUCAGCAUUCAAGCCCUUCUGUGGCCAGCUCACAUGCACAGAGCUUUGGUUUGUCACUGCACGUUUAUAAACCCAGGGCUGUUGAGGAGCACUGCAAUAAACACUGAGGUUUGUUGGCAUCCAGCUUCCUAGCAAUGGAGUUUGGGUUCUGCAGUUUCCCACCUGUGGCUCUGCCCUCUGCCUGGGGACCUGAAGGCUUGGGCAAGUCCUUGUGUUCAAAAAGCCUGAAACCAGCCCACAUCAGUGCCCUUACCCCAUCAGACAGAGUCCUUGUGAGGACUUGGGUGGGGGUUAGGUAGCAAUCAGCUUCCUAAAGAUCUGUGAUA